UGGCUCCCACAAGCCCACCUGAAAGGCUCUCACUCUAACUCUCUCACUCUCACUCUCUCUAAACUCUCUGAUCUCAUGUUCCGAGUCACGGCAAAACUCGAUGACCAACUCGGCACCACAACCACACCGACCACCAUAUACGUGGACCCACCUUCCCAAGACCAGCCGAGUCACAACUCGGACCACCGUUCAAUAGAAACACUCGUCGUCGUCUUAGCCGUCAUCACCAUUUUAUCUGUCUUAGCCGGCGUUUUUGCUCGGCUCUGCGGCGGCCGCCAUUUAUCUGACGGCGGAGACCACGACAUCGAAGGUUGGGUCGAGAGAAAGUGCCGUAGCUGCAUCGAUGCCGGCGUUCCCACCGUUGCCAACGCUCCUCCUCCACCUCCACCGCCGCCUCCGGCGACGACAGCAACGGCGGAGGAGCAGAACAAGCCAGCAACUGAAGAGCAAAGCAAGAAUUGAAGUAAAGAAAGGGUAACAACUACAUUCUUGGAUUUUGCUUUUUAACUUUAUCUAAUCUCAUUAAUUUUGAAGACACUUUUUAUGUACCUUAUUCUACGGACAUUGAUUUCGGAA